UGGAGAGUACUUGAAAAAUGGAGGAGAGUGAGGAGACUAGUUUAAAGUGGGCUGCAAUUCAGAGCCUUCCAACGGUUGCACGUUUGAGGAGAGGUUUAUUGACUACUCCUAAUGGAGAGUCCAAUGAAAUUGAUGUACACAAUAUUGGAUUGCAAGAAAGAACUUAUUUGCUUCAAAGACUCGUCACUCAGGAUGUGGACACUGAUGACAGUUUCUUGUUGAAGCUCAUGAGAGAUCGCUAUGAUAGAGCUGGAGUUGGUAUUCCUACAAUUGAAGUUCGAUUUCAAAAUUUGAAUGUCCAAGCACAGGUUCAGUUAGGGAAGAGAGCUUUUCCUACCAUCACUAACUACAUGCUUGACAUGCUAGAGGCUCCGUUGAAAUAUGUAUUAAAAAGAAGAAAACAAGACUUGAAUAUUCUACAGGAUGUCAGUGGAAUUAUAAAGCAUAGCAGGAUGACAUUGCUUUUGGGUCCUCCAAGUUCUGGAAAGACAAUGCUCCUCUUGGCCUUGGCUGGAAAACUUGAUCCCAAUUUAAAGUUUACUGGAAAGGUGACAUACAAUGGUCAUGAGAUGAAUGAAUUUGUACCCCAAAGAACUGCUGUUUAUGUUGAUCAAAAUGAUGUUCACUUUGGAGAGUUGACUGUUAGAGAAACCUUGGCCUUCUCAGCAAGAGUUCAAGGAGUUGGACCCAGAUAUGAUAUUCUAGAAGAAGUGUGUAGAAAAGAGAAAGAGGAAAACAUAAUUCCUGAUCCAGAUAUUGAUGUCUAUAUGAAGACUGUUGCAACGGAGGACCAGAGAGCAAAUGUUAUAACAGAUUAUAUGUUAAAGAUUUUGGGACUCGAUAACUGUGGAGAUUCAAUGUUAAGAGGUAUCUCUAAAGAACAAAGGAAACGAGUUACAAUAGGGGAGAUGCUUGUAGGACCAAUUAAAGCUUAUUUCAUGGAUGAAAUAUCGAAUGGGUUGGAUGACUCAACAACCUUUCAAAUUGUGAAAUCACUGAAGCAAUUUGUUUGCCUUCUCAAAAGAACUGCUGUGAUCUCACUACAACAGCCAUCACUAGAGACAUAUAAUCUUUUUGAUGACAUUAUUUUACUCUCUGAUGGACACAUUGUGUACCAGGGUCCUUGUGAACAAGUGCUUGAUUUUUUUUCUUCCAUGGGUUUUGUAUGUCCUGAGAAGAAAUCUGUUAUAGACUUUUUGCAAGAAGUGACAUCAGUGAAAGAUCAGGAACAAUAUUGGAUACAAAAUGAAAAGCCUUAUAGAUUUGUGACAGCUGAAGAGUUUGCAGAGGCAUUUGAAACAUCUCAUAUUGGGAGAAGCCUUGGUAAUGAACUUGCUACUCAAUUUGACAAGUCAAAAAGCCGUCCAGGUGCUUUAUCAUCCAACAAGUAUGGAAUUGCUAAGAGGGAAUUGUUCAAAGUUUGCUUAUCAAGAGAAUAUUUACUCAUAAAGCGCAAUUCAUUUUACUAUAUCUUGAAACUUUUACAAAUUGCUUUAGUUGCUGUCAUCACCAUGACCGUUUUCUUACCGACUCAGAUGCACCAUGAUUCAGUGUCCGAUGGAGGCAUAUAUGCUGGUGCAUUGUUCUAUGGGAGUUUGGUAAUUCUGUUGAAUGGAUUUGCUGAACUUUCUAUGAUGGUUGGGAGACUUCCUGUGUUUUACAAGCAAAGAGACUUUCUCUUUUUCCCUUCAUGGGCAUAUGCUCUUCCUUCAUGGAUCCUAAAAGUUCCCAUAAAUUUUGCAGAAGUGAGUAUUUGGGUAUUCUUCACCUAUUCUGUCGUCGGUGAUCCAAAUGUUAUUGGAAGGACAUUCCUUCUUCUAGUUCUUGCCAGCCAAAUGGCUAAUGUAUUUUGCCGAUUAGUUGUUGCAAUUGGUAGAGAAAUGUCAAUGGCCGGCACACUUGGGUUGCUUUCAUUGGCAAUGCUUGCUGUUGUGGUGUCAAAAGACAAUUUAAAAAAGUGGUGGUUAUGGGAAUUCUGGAUAUCUCCUACGAUGUAUGGACAGAAUGCCUUGUUGAAUAACGAGUUUCAUGGGAAAACAUGGAGACAUGUUCUACCUAACUCAACGGAAACUCUAGGAGUUCAAGUUUUGAAAUCUCGUGGGUUCUUUACCCAGUCCUACUGGUAUUGGAUUGGUUUUGGUGUAUUGAUUGGAUACACAUUACUAUUCAUCAUCGGUAACAUUCUUGCUCUCACUUUCUUGAACCCACUUAAAGAACAUCAGGUUGUUAAAUCAAUUUGGUCGUUGUCUAGGAAGAAACAAUCUGUAAUGGACAGUGAACAUAACAGGAAGAGUGUAAUGAUUCUUCCUUUUGAACCACGCUGUAUCACCUUUGACGACUUGACAUAUUCAGUCAAUAUGCCACAGUCGCAGGAAAAGAUUAAUCAAGGAGUUACUGGGGAUAGGUUGAACCUUUUGAAGGACGUCAAUGGAGCUUUCAGACCGGGUGUUCUCACAGCACUAAUGUGUGUCAAUGGUGCUGGCAAAACAACUCUAAUGGAUGUACUGACUGGAAGAAAGACCAAAGGAUAUAUUGGUGGGAACAUCACAAUUUCUGGCUAUCCGAAGAAGCAGGACAGCUUUACUAGAAUUUGUGGAUAUUGUGAUCAAAAUGAUAUCCACGCUCCUUAUAUUACCGUUUAUGAAUCGCUGCUCUUUUCAGCAUGGCUCAGAUUGUCUGCAGAAAUCAACGACGAAACCAGGAAGAUGUUUAUUGAGGAAGUUAUGGAGCUUGUGGAACUGACCCCACUGAAGGAUGCAAUUGUGGGAUUGCCUGGUGCUAAUGGUCUCUCGACACAACAGCACAAAAGGUUGACUAUCGCAGUUGAGUUACUGGCUAAUCCUUCUAUAAUAUUCAUGGACGAUCCAACUUCUGGGCUAGAUGCAAGAUCUGUCUCUAUCGUUAUGAGAGUAAUUAGAACUUUAGUGGACAAUGGAAGAACAAUUGUCUGUGCCAUUCAUCAACCCAAAGUUGAUAUAUUUGAAUAUUUUGAUGAGUUGUUCUUGAUGAAGCAAGGAGGGCGAGUGAUAUAUGCGGGGCCAAUUGGACAUCAUUCUUCCCAUUUAAUAAGUUACUUCGAGGGGAUUGAAGGUGUCAGUAAGAUUAAAGAUGGUUGUAACUCAGCAACUUGGAUGUUGGAAGUCACUUCUUCAGUAAAAGAAAUGGAAUUGGGGAUUGAUUUUGCUGAGGUGUACAAAAACUCUGAAUUAUACAGGAGAAACAAAGCUCUUAUAGCAGAACUGAGUGUUCCGGCUCCUGAUUCUGAGGAUCUUCUCUUUCCUUCAAAGUACUCAAGGCCCCUUUUCACGCAAUGCAAGGCUUGCUUAUGGAAACAACAUUGGUCUUACUGGCGGAAUCCGCGAUACAAUGGAUUAAGGUUUCUCUUCACAGUUGCUGCCUCCAUCUUUUUCGGGUGCAUGUUUUAUGGCAUUGGUUCCAAAAUUGAAAAGCGACAAGAUCUCUCGAACACCAUAGGCUCAAUGUUGAUUACUGUUCUACUUAUUGGUAUUAAGAAUGCUAAUUCUGUGCAAGGAGUAGUGGGUAUUGAGAGAAGAGUCUCAUAUAGGGAAAUUGCUGCUGGAAUGUAUUCUUCCCUUGCCUAUUCUGUUGCUCAGGCUCUAAUUGAAAUCCCUUAUGUUCUAAUACAAACAUUGAUAUAUGGAACCAUAGUUUAUGCAAUGGUUGGUUUCGAGUGGAGUCUGACUAAAUUUUUUUGGUACAUAUUUUUUAUGUUCUUCACCUCUCUAUACUUUACGUACUACGGCAUGAUGUUACUAGCCAUAACACCAAACCAAAACGCAACCACUUUCCUUACUCGUCUUUCCUAUGUAUUAUGGAACCUUUUCUCAGGAUUCGUAGUCUCACCACCGAAAAUUCCGAUAUGGUGGAGAUGGUUCUAUUGGACGAAUCCAAUAGCAUGGAGUUUGAAUGGAUUGGUGAGUUCACAAUUUGGAGAUAUACAAGAUCAUAUUGAAUUCAACGGAACAAGUGUUUCAAUACAAGACUUUUUGGAAAGUUACUAUGGUUUCAAGCAUGAUUUUCUGGGAGUAGUUGCCGCUGUAGUAGUUGGAUUCACAUUGGCUUUUGUGUUGGUUUUUGUCAUGUCUAUCCGGAUGUUUAAUUUCCAGUCGCGCUAAGUGCACCGUUGUGAAUUAUUGUUGUAGAGAGACUUUUGUGUUUUAUAUAUUCUAGGUUGAAUAAAAAUUACACCUGGUUCAACACUGUUUAAUAUUAUUAGUUUAAAUUCUAUUUGAAUUUUUUUGUUGAUGUAAAGAACUUAAAAACAUUAUGUAAUACAAAUUCUACAAAAUAAAAUAAAUAAGUGAAACAAUCAGUUGUAAUACAGUU